GUAAGCUUCCGGAGCUUGUCAGUAGCGUUGAGCCAGGAACCAGUUGGACAGAACCUGAUUCCUGGAUUGAAGUGAGGUUUAUUGGAACAUCGUCAGCGACUUAAAAGCCUUCCCUUGUCGUGCUGUGUUUUUACCCUGAGCCGUCCCACAGCUCACAGUGGGAGUGUUGUGGAGGAGCCACGUGUACAGGAACUGGAUUCUGACAGCUCUCCUCGACUGGAACCAACGCAGGUGUUUUUAUACCAGGGAGACCAGCUAACAGAAGCUAGCUGGUACGUACACUGCAGCUAGCCAACUCUUAUUACCCAAGUGGUUUGAACUUCCACUUAGUGACUUCAUACCUGGCAGGCAAUCAUGGCUGUUUGGAGAACACUCUGGCACAGAAACUGCCUUCCUGUGACCCUGCUUUGCUGUAUCCUGCUCCACACUAUGGAUGUUCGAGCACGGCCAGCCAACAUGUCCGCCGUCAAAGACAAAGUUCCAGCAACCAAGGAUGACAACGAGAUCCUUCCUCCGGACCACCUGAACGGGGUGAAGAUGGAGAUGGAUGGCCACCUCAACAAGGACUUCCACCAGGAGGUGUUCCUGGGUAAAGAGAUGGAGGAGUUCGAUGAAGACUCGGAGCCGCGACGGAACAGGAAGAAGCUUAUUGAGAUUUUCUCAAAAGUCGACUUCAACCGGGACAGGAGUGUAAGCGCCAAAGAGAUGCAGCGCUGGAUUAUGGAGAAGACCGAGGAGCACUUCCAGGAGGCCAUGGUGGAGAACAAGAACAGUUUCCGAGCUGUUGACCCGGACCACGACGGUCAUGUGACGUGGGAUGAAUACCGAGUCAAAUUCCUGGCCAGCAAAGGUUUCAAUGAAAAGGAAAUAGCUGAGAAGAUAAAGAAUAAUGAAGACCUGAAGCUGGAUGAGGAAACUCAGGAAGUUUUAGAAAGCCUGAAGGACCGCUGGUUUCAGGCCGACAACCCUCCGUCUGAUCAGCUGCUGAACGAGGAGGAGUUCCUCUCCUUCCUUCACCCUGAGCACAGCAGAGGCAUGCUCAAAUACAUGGUCAAGGAGAUUGUGCGAGACUUAGACCAGGAUGGUGAUAAGAAACUGACACUGUCAGAGUUCAUCUCUCUUCCCGUGGGCACUGUGGAGAACCAGCAGGCUCAGGACAUCGAUGAUGACUGGGUGAGAGAGAGGAAGAAGGAGUUCGAGGAAGUCAUUGAUGCUGACCGUGACGGCAUCGUUACCAUGGAGGAACUGGAGGAGUACAUGGACCCAAUGAACGAGCACAACGCCUUGAAUGAGGCCAAGCAGAUGAUCGCCGUCGCAGAUGAAAACCAGAAUCAUAACUUGGAGCUGGAUGAGAUCCUCAAAUACAGCGAAUACUUCACGGGAAGCAAGCUCAUGGACUACGCCAGAAAUGUUCACGAGGAGUUCUGAAGAAGUCCCCCCCUACGUCCUACAUGUGCUUCAGGGACAAGCCUGAGAGGGGCAACCCAGUGAUAGGAUGAUCUAGUGUGCAAUCUUGUGUUUAAAAAGCCUAGCCUCAACGGCCUCUUUCACCGCUGACUAAAAUUUACACCCUUCCACCUUUCCCUUUUAGUCCCAGAUCGUCUGCCUGUUCAACAUCAACAUGGUCUGCCUUUGUGUGUGCCACUUAUUGGACUUUAAAAUGUUGGACUUUCCAAGAUUUCAAAGGCACCACGACACCCCUAAAUUUUCUUGUGUUAAAUUGUGAAAUGUGUGUAUAUGAGGAAUAUAAUCAUGCCUACUUGUUCCAGUUGCAGUGGUGAGAGAGACUGCACAUGCUAGGUGAGAUUUUUGUUCUGCAGAAUGUUUUGUAGCUGGUGUUUCUGUAUAGUGUAAAUAUUGUCACAGACUAAGGCCUCCAACAGAGAAGAAUAAAUACAGUGCUGCUGAAAGGAAGAACCCUGAACUGUAAAACAUUCAGCUAUGAACAAAGUUUUAAAUACCACUCAACUCCCUCAAAUUCAAAAGGGGAUUUAGUCACUUGUAGCGUCCGAUUCCAUCAAAGGUUACAUCCGUCCUUUCACUUCAAACAGGGUAUUGACUUUGUAAAAAAACACAAUAUAAUAAUAACAGAAAUAGCUUUUACUUUUACAGUAAUCUCUUUGUAGCAGAUGAUCAUAACUUGGAGUAUAAAUGCUUAAAUGUGGUGAGAGAUUAAUAUAUGAUGCGUUUAUUGUUAUAUUGAAGGAAAAGCACAGGUGUCUCUGAUAACACGAACAGUAAUAAACUUUGAAAUUGGAAGUAGUUUCACUCGUGUCAGCCUGAAACGUUGUCAUUGACUAAAAGCACAUCUAGUUCAUGCUCUUGUAAAAUUGUGGAGAAUAAUUAUUUAUUUGAUGAAGGAAUUUUGAACCAUCUGCAUCUUUCAUCAUCACACAGGUUUGUGCUUAUUUCAGCACUACUGAAAUAAGGAGGCUGACUUUGUUGUGGUGUCUCAGUUCACUCUGUCAUAUUUUGGGUUAAAUUAUUGAAUGCACUGGGUUAAUUUGUAAAAAUCCACCUGUAUCUUGUUGAAAAUGCAUGAACCAACGAUUAUUUUUGUCGACAGUUUCAGAGACCUGUGGUGUGUUUUUGGAUCCUGCUGCAGGCUUCUCUGUCCUCGCCCUGUUUGGAUUGUAAUAUAAGAUUUAUGAUGACAGAAUGUUACACAGCUUUAUAUGAUGUAUUGCAAAUAUACUGCUAAACAAUAAAUAUUUCUUAUAAAUAGUA